AAGGCGUUCGGGCACCGUCGUGAAGAUCAGUAGAAUCAGUGAUGAAGUGGUCAGGACAGAGCUCCCUUCUGUUGCCGGCUAUCGUUGGACAAAUCGUUCCUAUUCUCUGCUUGAAUCUCCAAGCUGGGACGGGAGGGAACCUGAACUUCUUGACUCUGUCAAACUACACAACACUGCCGCGUAAUCAUGGUGCUGUCAGUGAUCGCAUCCAAACUAAUGGAUAUUUCUCUUCUGGAGGUUGGAACAUCACCGCUCUAUAUGUAAACAGUAAUGGUUUCAUCUCGGUAUAUCCUGCUAAAAUUACAGACCUGGAUUAAUAAGGGACAACAACGAAUCACCCAUCAUAGCCCCCGUGUACUCAGCCCGGACUGGACACCAGGCUAUCAGGAGUGUCCGGUUCACUCAGUUCACGUCGUACGAUAGACUCCAGAUGACUAUUG